AUGGAUUUAAGCGGCCGUGUUAAUGGACUGGGGAUGGAGUUGUUGAAUCAGUCCAAUUACAAGGUAUGGAAGACAUGUAUGGAGUCAUACCUUGUGGAACAGGAUUUUUGGGAUGUUUUUAAUGGUAGUUACACAAGUCCUCCUAUUGACGGACUGAAAAAUAGCAGCGCAUACAAGAAGUGGAAGCAAAUUAAUGCGAAGGCGGAGUUCAUCCUAAAGAGGUACAUCUCGCACAACUUGUUUGAUCGUAUUAUAAGGUGCAAAUCAACUCAUGAAAUUUGGAGGACCCUUGAUCGUUUGUUCAACAAGAAGGAUGAAGCCCGGCUACAAAUAUUGGAGAAUGAAUUGGCGAACACCACUCAAGGUAAUCUUUCUAUUGCCGAGUACUUUUUGAGGAUUAAGAACUUAUGUUCAGAGAUCUCCAGAGAUCUCUUUAUUAAAUCUGGAUGA